AUGGAAAUAUGCCUAUUAGAUCAAAAUGACAACGAAAUAGAAGCCAAUAUACUAUCAAGCUGUACUUAUUACCUUCACCCUACUUUUAAAGACCCCAUACGACAGAUUGCAGCUCCGCCAUUCGCGUUGGAAGAAGAAGGAUGGGGUCAAUUCGAUCUGAAGAUCAUAUGUCAGUUCAUUGAAAACGCUGGAAAGUUUACUAUUAAACACGCAUUGCUGUUUGGGGAUGAUGCGUACGCAAUGGACUAUAGUAUACGGGUUCCGUAUCACAUACCCAAGCUGCGAGAUCGUUUGGCAAGUCAAUUUAACCUACCUCACAAUGCUGUUCAGGACUAUUACGAAAAGCAGCAAGAUUCUGUCCCUUCAAACUGGAUUAGUUCAAUUCCCCUGCUGGAUGAAGAUGCUGUUACAACUAUCGUUCAAAUGAUUGCAUCUCACCCAGCUGUGCAAGAUGAGAUUUUCAGACACCCAAGGCACGAAGACUUUCUAAUGGCCCUUUAUCAAUUGCCUAAUGAACUUUUGAAAGAUAUCGGAGAAUACGUUCGCCGUCAGGAUACAACCUAG